CCGUUGAAGAAACCUUUGGUUCGGUCCAACGUGAACCCCCUUUUUGGUGAAUUCUCCCCGGAAGUGCUUCUUUCACUGGCAUCCUGGCUUCUUAUUUCGGGCUGAUGGUGUUGUGGCUUCUUCAUGCAGCCUGUAUCCAGAGCACGGGGAACAGAGUUAUAGUGAACGGACCUGUUUACGCCGAACUGGGAGCCUCUGCUUUGAUGGGAUGCAAAGUUCAGACCGAGGAAAUAAUAACCCAAGUAACGUGGCAGAAGAAAACAUCUACCCAAAAUGAGGACUUCUUAACCUAUGCCAAAUCCUACAGUGUAGUUAAAAUGACCGGGCUUGGACAGAGAGUGAAAUAUCUAGGUAAUGACAAAGUUGGCGACAUUACAAUAUCAAAUCUGACACUAGCCGAUGAAGGAACCUACAGAUGUGUCUUCACCCUACACCCGAGUGGGGUAACGUCUCAGGAAAUUAAACUGAUCAUUCAAGUUUCUCCAGAAGUAUAUGUUGAACCUUCCGCAGAGCCCGUAGUGGCCGGCUGUUUACCCAAGACCAUGGGCUUGUGUAUUGUUAAAGCAACCAAACCGGCAGCAAAUAUUACGUGGAAUGUUGGUAGUUUCCAGUAUCAUACAGAAGAAAACACAACACUUCAUGACAACGGAACGGUAACCACAACUAGCCAACUGAAAAUUCCUCCAAGCCGAGAGCUCUUCGGAUAUAAUGUUAGCUGCCUAGUCUUUUGGCCGAAUGACGAAGCUAUGAAGCAGAACACAACUUUCACCAUAAAGAACAUUUAUUAUGGUCCAUCAAAGGUAGAGGCUGAGCUGACACCAACCGCUAACGGAGACCUACAGCUUUCUUGUGAAUCUGAUUCCAACCCACCAGCUUCCAACUUCACAUGGACGAAAGGAGAUGCUGCCUCUUCGGAGUUUCUGGCUAGAAGCAAAGUUCUUACUUUAAGUAGCGACGCCUCAUCGGGUUUAUAUGUUUGCGAAGCUACCAACCCACUGGACAGCAAGUUGGGGUAUGUCUACAUCUACAAAGAAAAAGGUUCCCCCUUUGCCGCCAAAACAGCCCUGACUGGUCGGGGCAUGGACUCCGCUAGACCUCUGAAGCUGCGCUGUGGUAUCUGCACCGAGACGUUAGCAGCAGAUCCUUUAAGUCCUGUAAAUUGUGAGGCGCGGCCUCCAUGGAUGCAUCCUGGUCUGACACACCUGUCCAUGUGAUGUAAAAGAAAAUGUGAUUCAUCAGACCAGGCACCUUCUUCCAUUGCUCAGAGCUCAAGCAGCUCGUCUGUUGGGUUUGAGUACAUGGGGCAGCCUUUGUCCCCCCCCAUGUGCAUCAAUGAUCCUUGGCAGCCCAUGACCCUGUUGCCAGUUCACCACUUUUCCUUCAUUUGGACCACUUUUAAUACCGACCACUGCAGACUGGGAACACCCCACAAGAGAUGCAGUUUUGGAGAUGCUCUUACUCAGUCAACACAAUCUGGCCCUUGUCAAAAGCACUUAGAUCCUUUUUUACUGCUUCCUCUGAGGAUGAAAUGUUCACUUGCUGCCUAAUACACAGCACCUGGCUGACAGGUGCCAUGAUAAGAUUAUCCGUGUUAUUGACUUCACCUGUCAACGGUCGUAAUGUUAUGGCUGAUCAUGACCUUUAACCAUUCACACAGCUACAAUGAAAGAAUUGUUAUGGAAGUGUUUAUAAUGCAAUGAACAGGAAAGGUCAUAUAGGAUAGACAAUUAAUGUAUAAACUCUUAUCUUCACUUCCCGGAUGUGGAGAUAACAGCAUCUGCAGUUUAUAAUUCUAGUAACUAACUGAAAAACUAAAAACAGGUGCGAUUAACCUCUUUCUGUCAUCUUCGACAAAACAUAAAAAAUGUGAAAUCUGUAUAAUUAUUAAUUGGUAAGAGGCUGA